GUCAGAACUGUGCACAGGAGAUAGAAGAGAAUAGCAUAGUCACUCUUGGAAAAGUGACUGGUAAAGAGAGCCUUGUUAACUGUUUCAGAGUCCAGCUGCCAGAGUAUAUCCUGGACUUUGGCUACAUCAUCCUUGGUGACAUCCGAACACACAUCAUCAAGAUCACCAACACCAGUCGCUUCCCAGUGUCCUUCCAUGCAGAAAAGCGCAUCCUUCAUGACACGGGUUUCAGUACUGAGUUAGAUCGUGUAAAGAAUCUGCCUUACUGUGAAACGGAAACAUUCGAAGUGAAAUUUGACCCACAAGGGGCCAGUCUCUCAGUUGGAAACAAAGAGGUCGUUCUACCCAUCAAGGUGGUUGGAGGGCCAACAGUUCACAUCUGUCUCCAAGCCAAGGUGACCAUUCCUGCGAUGACACUGUCUUGUGAAAAGGUGCAGUUUGCCACAAUUCAGUGUGGACAGUGCCUCGUGGAGACUAUUCAGUUUUCCAAUCAUCUCCAAGUCCCUUGCGAAUGGUUUUUCCUGAGCCAUAAGCCAGUUAGCAAGCUGGAGAAACACAUGCCAAAGUACUUAAGACGGAAACUACGUGCUGAAUUAAAGCCAAAGACACGAAUCUUUGAGAUCCAGCCCACUUCUGGGAUCUUGGAUCCUGAUGAGAGGUCCAACGUGCAAGUGAAAUUCAUGCCUAAAGAAGAGAAAUUCUACAGCCAAACCCUGGUUUUCCAGAUUGCCCAGAGUCCUCAAAAGCUUACACUGCUGGUAGAGGGGCAGGGUCUUGAGCCACGGUUGGAAUUUAGUCCCUCUUUUCUGGAGCUGGGGCCACUGCUGCCUUAUGCACCUGGAGACGAGGCUGAGGUGGUGGUAAAGAAUCCCUGCAACUUCCCCAUUGAGUUUUACUCCUUAGAAUUUGACCAACAGUAUCUCCUAGAAGAGAAGAUCUUGCGAAUGCUGAAGGGCUACGAUUCCUACAACACCCUGCUGCUGCCUCCCCGUGUUCCGGGGGAAAAGCUACCCCCAGAGGUUUAUGAGUACUUUAAGGAGAUGAAGCGGUCCAAAGAGGAACAGAUGAAGGCGAAGUUUCUGGAGAGUCUGGCCCAGGAAAACGAAGAGGAAGAUAUGCCCUCAUCAGAACAAGGCACCUCUGGCAGUACAAAGAGGACCUCACUGAGCCAAGGGAUCUCUGUCACGUCCAACCCUGAAGAACGGCACAUUCCCACAGUCGAGUCCAAGACCUACCCGGAUGAAGAGGAGGAUGAGGAAAGCCUGGAAAAAAUAAUGUUUCAAACUGACAAGAUACAGAGUGUUGACAGCCACUCGACGGAAGAGGUUGGAGAAGUAGAGAACAACCCAGUGAGCAAGGCGAUCGCGCGCCACCUGGGCAUUGAUAUUUCUGCAGAAGGCCGCAUGGCCAAGAACAGGAAGGGCAUCGCCAUUAUCAUCCACGGGACACCCUUGUCAGGGAAAUCAGCCACCGCAGUCAGCAUGGCCAGGUACUACAAUGCAGCCUGCUUGAACAUCGACUCCAUCGUGCUUGAAGCGAUCUCUGAUGGCAGCAACAUCCCGGGGAUCCGGGCCCGUGAGCUCUGUAUCAGAGCUGCCAUAGAGCAGUCCAUGAAGGAAGGAGAAGAGUCUGCCCAGGAGGCUGCUUCAGGCCAAACUGCUGUGGGACAGACACAUCUGAGCAGUGAGACCCUGGGCAAGUUUACCUCAGAAUCUACCCUGUCCCCUGAAAUGAAAUCGGCGAAGACCAUGCGUGGGAGCAUGAUUAUUGCCAAAAGCAAGGCGGAGAGCCAUGGCUCUGGGUCUCAGAAGCAGCACCACCAGCAUGCGUCCGAAACGCCACAGAUUUCCUCCAGCCCUCUCCCUUCGGGGCCCACACAGCGCCGGCUCAGUGUCAGCCCCAGUAUCGGAGGUGAGACCGGGCUCGUGAGCUGUGUGCUCCCUGAGGACCUAUUCACCCAGAUCCUGGCUGAUCGCAUACAGCUGAGUGACUGCUUCCGCGGAGUGGUGUUUGAUAGCGUUGAGACCCUCUUCGCUCGGAACGCGGCUGUGGCUCUCCUCUGCCUGCUGAAGGCCAUCGGCAACCGGGAGCACAUCUACGUAAUCAACAUGGCCCAGGACUACACAGUCAUGAAGGCCCAAGAGAAAGCCAAAAAGGAGCAAGAAGAGAGCAAACGCAGGGAGGCACUUCAGAAAGAGAAGGAGCGUCUCCAAAAUAUGGAUGAGGAAGAAUAUGAUGCCAUGACAGAGGAGGAGAAAAUCAUGUUCAAUCGAGAGGUUCGGCAGGCCCUCCGGGAAAGGAAGAAGAGGGAGCUGGAGAGGCUGGCAAGGGAGAUGCAUGAAAAGAAGUUACAGCAGGAGCUUGAGCGGCAAAAGGAAGAAGAUGAGCUAAAACGGAAGGUCAAAAGGCCAAAGCAAGGACCAGUAAAGGAGGAACCUCCCACAAAGAAAUCUCAAACAGCCAACCGGCAGAUGCUUACUUUUUCCAAACUAGAUGUCAAGAUGGAUUCAGUAGAAAGGAAAGUAUCCAUCAGGGAGCAGUUAACGGAGAAGGAGGAACUGACAAAGAAGAGAAGAAACCAACUGGCAGACCCUCACAUGGUUGGGUCUCCCCUUGUCCAGGAGCCAGAGAACAGUGAGGGGGACCUCCGGAAGGAUGCUGACAAGCACCUGGCCCACAAGUUUAAGACCUAUGAGCUGACUCUCAAGGAUGUUCAGAACAUCCUCAUGUACUGGGACCGGAAGCAAGGCAUUCUGCUGCAACACAUGGGCACCGACGACAUACCCCACGAGGCUGAUGACCAGCGCCAGGUUCCUUCGGGUGGGCGCCGAGGCCGCAAGGACCGGGAGAGGGAGCGUGCAGAGAAGGAGAGAGCCGAGAAGGAGCGCCAGGAGCGGGAGAAGGCUGAGAGGGAGCGUCUGGAGAAGCUCCGGGCUCUGGAGGAGCGGAGCGACGGAGGAGAGGCUGAUGGGGAGGAGGACCACGAGGGGAAGAAGGAUCUAGGCGUGCCAUUAAUAAACAUCCAGACACCUGACAUGGAAGGCUUGAACUGGAAGCAGGCCCUGGACAAUGACAGGCUUCCCAAAGGGGAUCAGAUCCUGGACAUCUUGGGUCUGGGUUCCUCUGGCCCACCCAUCCCACCUCCGGCCUUAUUCUCAAUCAUCUCCCACCCCCUGAAGCGGCUGCCUCCGGCCACAACAGAAAUCCUGAAGCAUUUUGUGUUUGUGAUCCCACCACCUGAAGAGCUCUCCCUCCAGGAGGAGAAAAGAGAAGGGGAAGCAGAACCAGAGCUUUCAAGCACUGUGAGCUCUGCAAAGGCGCAGGAGGAGCAGACCACCUCCUCCAAGGGGAGCAGACAGAAACUGAAAGAAAAGGCAGAUCAGGUCCGAGACACUCAGAAGGACAAACGUCGCAUGGCCUUCAGCAGGAAGGUCUUUUCUGGGGCAGUGUCUGGAGCCAUUGCCCCCCUGUCAGACACGGAGCAGAACAGCUUCUCUGGGCAGUUGUCUCAGGAGAAGUUUACCAGGCUGAACCACUUCCGGUGGAUCGUGCCAGCCAACGGUGAGGUGACCUUACGAAUACACUUCUCUUCUGAUGACCUUGGGAACUUCGACCAGACAUUUAACUUUGAGAUCCUUGGGACUCACCGCCAGUACCAGCUUUACUGCCGAGGCGUGUGCAGUUACCCGUACAUCUGCCAAGACCCAAAAGUGGUAUUUCCUGAGCAGAAGACAGACAUAAAGACAAAUGAGGUCAUCUUUAAGAAGUAUAUUAUGAACAUGGAGAAGUUUUGCUUCGGGCCACUGCUUUGUGGAAAAUCAAGAGAUAAGUACAAGUCAUCCUUGUUCCCAGGCAACAUGGAAACAUUGACAAUCCUGAACAAUUCGCCAAUGGUUGCAGAGGUGUUCUUCUGCUUUCAGAAUGAUGUCAAAGCAAACACCUACUUCCUGGAGCCCAUCAACAUGAUUCUGAAACCCAAUGAGAAGCAGAUGCUGAACAUAUGGGCCUACCCAACUGCAGUUGGUGUCUUUGACGACUGCAUUGUCUGCUGCAUCAAGGAGAACCCAGAGCCAGCGGUCUUCAAAUUAAGCUGCCAAGGGGUCCGCCCAGAACUAGAGCUGGAACCCAGGAAAUUGCAUUUUGAUCGGCUCUUGCUGCACAGAAAAGAAUCCAAGGUGGUUCUUCUCCGCAACGUCACACCCCUGCCCGUGGCCUGGCGGGUCACCAGCCUGGAGCACCUGGGCGAUGACUUCACUGUGUCCACCAUGCAGGGGACCAUCCCCCCCAAGGCUGAGUACAGCCUUCAGGUGCACUUCCUGCCCUCCAAGCCUGUCAACAUCAAGAGGGUGAUCCGGUUGGAGGUUUUAGAUGCAGACAAUCUUGUUGGUGUUGUUCAGAUUGAAAACAUCAUGGUCUUCGCAGAGUCUUACGACGUUGCCUUGGACAUCACCUUUCCCAAAGGAGCUGAAGGAGGCCUCGAUUUCGGGAUUGUGAAGGUCAUGGAAGAGGUGAAGCAGCCCCUGCAGCUGAAGAACCGUGGGAAAUAUGAGAUCAUGUUCAGCUUUUCUGUGGACUCCUUAGGGAUUUUGGCAACCAAUGUAAAUUCCAUGAUCUCAGUCCUACCCAAAAAGGGCUCACUGACCACAAUGGAAAAGCCCACAAAUGUCCAGGUGUCAUUUCGUGCAAAAAAGGAAGUGAAGAUUGAGUACCAGCCAAUUCUGCGCUGUCAGAUUAUUGAGCCCAACAUCACAGAAGGGGGUGAAAUCAUUGCCAGCAUCCCAAUUAAGUUUUCUGUGAAUGCAGUGUUCUCCAAAUACAACAUCAGCCCCUCCUCCAUCAUCAACUUUGGAGCUUUGAUCUGUGGCACUCGGAGAAGCACCACCUUCACCAUAGAAAAUCAAGGUGUUACUGACUUCAGAUACGCCCUUUAUAGGCUGAUGGGGGAGAGCCCCAUUCAUCAAAAGAAAAUAACCAGCCAUGUUAGACAUGCAAGAUCGCGGGAAAGCUUCUACAAGACUGGCCCUUCCAAAGCAACCAAGCUCUCUGAUACUGUUCAGAAAGAAAUAAACAUCACAAACCAGGCUCGCUUCACCCACGGCAUGUUCACCAUCUACCCUGGGUUCGGCUCUAUCCCUUCCGGAGGAACCCAGGUUAUCACUGUCGAUUGCGUGGCUGACCCUGUGGGAAGAUGUGAGGAAUUCAUAGCUAUCGAUAUAUCUGACCGAGACCCAAGAGAUCAGCCUGGCGGCAUUCCUUACAGCCUGUUGGCAGAAGCCUGUCUACCAGCCUUCGUGACUGACAACAGUGCCUUGAUAUUUGAGGAGCACAAGAUUUGUAACAGCGCUAGCCUGCUCAAUGUCCUACAGACCAUAGAGAGUGGGGGGCUGUUUGUGGAGGAUGAGAACAAGUUCAUUUUCUGCAACGUCCUGGUGGGUCAUCAGGCCAAGGCUCGGUUCAAGAUCAGCAAUGUGGGAAAGAUCGCCUGUGAUGUGAACAUUGUAGUUAAGCCCAUCUCCAACAAGCUCAUUGCCCGAAUCGUUGACAUUUUUGAUGUGGAACCCAAUAAGAUGUGUGUUGCCAGCCGCUCACAUGCCUUUGCCACGGUGACCUUUACCCCGCAGACCAUGCAGACCUACCAGUGUAUCUUCGAGGCUACCUUGGAUGGCUUGCCUAGCAAUCUGACCAAGAACCGAAGCCUUGUGUUUGAUAUCGUCGGGGAAGGGAACCUCCCGCGGGUGACGGUAGUGCGACCAGUUCUCUACAACCAAAAUGGAAACCCCUUGCUCCUCUUUAAGAGGCUUCUGCUUGGUCAGUCAGAGAAGCUGCCUCUCAUCCUCAAGAACAAUGGCACCAUCCCUGCCCAGCUGCAUGUUGACCUGAGGGACCAACUAGGAGUCUUCUCUCUGAAAGGGUGGCCCACCACCUCCUACAUCUACAUCACAGAGGAAAACAAACCACAUGCAAAAGCAAAGAAAGCUCACACGGCCUCCCUGGUGGUUCUUCCUGGAGACACAGCUGGAUUUGAUGUCAUUUUCCAGUCCCAAAGUGUUGGGAGAAUGACAGGCAUCAUCCACUUGUCAGUGAUCAACAAUCAGUAUGAGGAGACGAACAUCCACAUGGUGGGAGAGGGUUAUGAGGAUGACAUCACCUUGGGCAACAUCCAUGGGCUGCUGGUUUCCAGCAGCCAUGAAGCCCCAGAGAUCUCUGAGGUCAUUGAGGAAAAUACUAUGGAAGACUUGAUAACAGCUGCUCUGGUGGACCACAUCCAGUUUGGGGACUGCCACAUCGGAAACAGCUAUAAUGUGAGCUUCACAGUGACUAAUCACAGCCAAGCGAAUGUCAUACGGUUUGAAUGGCCCCUUUUAGCUACAGUUUGCUUUUCCCCACAGAUCGGCCACCUUCACCCUGGGUGUGCUAAGGACAUAGUAGUGACCAUGAAGUCCGAAGUGCCCAUCAAUCUGAAGAAGAUGGGGGUCAAGUGCAAGCUCUCCAGGAUCAUGUUUCAGCUCCCUGCAGACCAGGUCCCUGAUUGGGAUGACCGCAUGCGCACAGUCAAGUGGGUGGAUGUGCUCAGAAACACACCCGGUUCUUUCGCUGCAAAACGAAAGGUGAUAGAGACGGAUCCUGAGCCUGUUCACUCAGUAGUAGAAGAAAACUACCGAGAACUGCAUCUUCAGAUCAGUGCCAAUGUGAAUUUUGCUUCAUAUCAAUGCGAAACAAGCAAUGUGCACUUUAAAGAAACACUGGUUUACCAGACCCGAGUGUUUGAGCUUGAACUGACUAAUUCAGGAAACGUGCAGCUGGAAUUCAAUUGGGUCUCAGAAGAGACUGCAAAGGCUGUCAGCUUUGCAAUGCCAGAUAACCAAGGUUCUUCUCAAAAAGACCAAAUUAGCCAGGGCACGCUGCACACGGUCAGUACUCUGGACAGCGCCACGGACCACUGGAAUGAAGUUCCCCCCACGCCCUUCUCUGUGGAGCCUGCCUCAGGCAUUGUGCCUGUGGGCAAAACUCAGAAGCUCAAAGUGAAAUUCUCCCCGCUGGAAGUUGGAGACUUCGAGAGCAUUCUCUUCUGCCAGAUUCCCAACCUGCCACCUGGAGAGCAAGGCCCAGUCCUAUCAGCAAAAGGGCGGAGCCUUUUGCCCUUCUGCCAUUUUGACCUAAAACACUCAGACUACAUCAGUGGUCAUCGGCGCAACCCAGAUCUCCGAGGACCUUCUGGUGUGGCUCUAGAUUCAAACACCCGGGUGAUUGAGUUCACCAGCGUGGGCAUAGGAGGGAAGAAUAUCCGGACUUUUACAAUCCUGAACCCAACUAAUAGCACCUACUCCUUCUCUUGGAUCUCUGAAGAAACUGAAAGUCUCCAGAACCCUCCAGCCUUCACAUGCCUUACAGAGAAGGGCUUCAUCCACCCUGAAAAGAAAGCGGAGAUUGUCUUCCAGUUCACGCCUUUCCAUCUGGACAUCACAGAAGCCUUCUGGACUUUCUUAAUCCCUGAACACAACAUCACAGUCCCUUUCCUUCUGGUAGGCAAAGCCACCGACCCUCUCAUCAAUCUGGACAAGUCACAUCUCAACUUCAGUUGUCUCCUCAUUGGCAGAGAAGCCAGGGAGACCGUGCAUAUCAUCAACAAGGAGGAGCAGGGGUUCCAUUUUGCCUUCCAAGACAACUCCCGAUAUUCUGAAGGUUUCAGCAACAACCUGGUCAUAUGUCCCAUGGAAGGUUGGAUCCCACCACUGUCCAGGUUCCCAAUUGAUAUUUUCUUCACACCAAAGCAGGAAGGAGAUGUGAACUUUAAUUUGAUCUGCAAUGUGAAAAAGAAAGCCCACCCUCUGACCUUAAAUGUCAAGGCUGAGGGCUACAGUAUGAAUGCAGAGGUCAAAUGCAAGGACAGGACUGGCUUGAUUACUCCCCUGACUCCCAACCAGACUACCAUUAUCAACUUCUAUGAGGUGGAGUUGAAUGAAUGUGUUCAGUGUGAACUCAGCUUUAUCAACACUGGCAAGUUCAGCUUCAGCUUCCAGGCACAGCUAUCUGGCCCCAAAGCCCUGCUGCAGUACUUGGACUUUUCACCCAUUGAUGGCAGUGUGGAUGUGGGGCAGAGUGUGCACGCCACCUUGUCUUUCCAACCACUUAAGAAGUGUGUCUUGAAGGGCCUGGAACUCAGAAUCAAGGUCAGCCACGGCCCAAAGUUUACAUGCAGCAUCUUGGGCUGUGCUGUGAGCCCGGCCGUUCAUUUCUCCUUCACCAGCUACAACUUUGGGACCUGCUUCAUCUACCAAGCUGGCAUGCCCCCAUACAAACAAACGCUGGUUGUCACCAACAAGGAAGAAACACCCAUGAGCUUAGACUGUCUAUACACCAAUACUGCAUACCUCGAGGUGAACUUCCGUGUUGAUGUGAUAAAGCCAGGAAAGACACUGGAGAUUCCAAUCACCUUUUAUCCUCGAGAAAGUAUCAAUUAUCGAGAACUCAUCCCCUUUGAAAUCAAUGGGCUCUCACAACAAGUAAUUGAAAUCAAAGGGAAAGGCACCGAGAUGAAGAUUUUAGUCUUAGAUCCGGUCAAUAGGAUUGUAAAGUUGGGAGCUGUCCUGCCAGGACAGGUUGUGAAAAAAACGGUUUCCGUCAUGAACAACAGCCACGCCCCACUCACUUUUAGCCAGACAGUCCUGUUCUCGAUUCCAGAACUCCAGGAACCCCAGGUCAUCACCUUAAUACCAUCCUACAACAUCACUCUGAAGCCCAAAGAGGUCUGUAAGCUGGAAGUCAUCUUUGCCCCGAAGAAACGCAUCCCUCCCUUCUCUGAGGAGGUGUUCAUGGAAUGCAUGGGGCUUCUGCGUCCUCUCUUCCUCCUUAGCGGCUGUUGCCAGGCCCUGGAGAUCUCCCUGGACCAGGAGCAUCUCCCCUUCGGGCCAGUCGUGUAUCAGACACAAGCCACGCGUCGCAUCCUUAUGUUGAACACGGGUGACGUGGGUGCAAGGUUUAAAUGGGAUGUCAAAAAAUUUGAGCCCCAUUUUUCCAUCAGCCCAGAAGAAGGCUACAUCACUGCAGGAAUGGAGGUCUCUUUUGAAGUGACCUACCAUCCCACUGAGGUGGGCAAGGAGAGUCUCUAUAAAAACUUGCUCUGCUUCAUCCAUGGAGGCAAUCCUCUGAACCUCACCCUAUCUGGAGUCUGCGUGGGACCACCUUCAGUAAGAGAGGUGGUAAAUUUCACCUGCCAGGUACGCUCCAAGCACACGCAGACCAUCAUGCUUUCAAACCGCACCAACCAGACCUGGAACCUCCACCCCAUCUUUGAGGGUGAGCACUGGGAGGGGCCAGAGUUCAUCACCCUGGAGCCCCAUCAGCAAAACAAGCCCUAUGAGAUUACCUACAGACCCCGCACCAUGAACUUAGAGAACCGCAAACAUCAGGGCACCCUCUUCUUCCCCCUCCCAGAUGGGACUGGCUGGCUGUAUAUGCUGCAUGGGACUUCUGAGCUCCCCAAAGCCGUGGCCAGUAUCUACCGUGAAGUACCAUGUAAGACACCCUAUGUUGAACUCCUGCCAAUAACCAACUGGCUUAAUAAGCCCCAGAGAUUCCGGGUCAUCGUGGAAAUGGUGAAACCAGAGAGGCCAGAUCUAAGUGUCACCUUAAAAGGCCUUGAUUACAUUGAUGUACUGUCUGGCUCCAAGAAAGAUUACAGGCUGAACUUCUUUUCCCACAAGGAGGGACUCUACAGUGCAAAGGUGAUCUUCCGAAACGAGGUGACCAAUGAGUUUUUAUACUACAUGGUGGGUUUCAGGGUCAUCCCUUCAGGCGUCAUCAAAACCAUUGAGAUGGUGAGCCCCGUCCGGCAGAGCACAUCAGCCUCCAUCAAGGUGGAGAACCCUCUGCCCUAUACAGUGACCUUCUCCAUGGAAUGCAGGGUCCCUGACAUCAGCCUGCCCUCCCAGUUUGUGGUGCCUGCCAACUCUGAGGUAUGACCCUGGCUACCAGGGGCUCCCUGAUAUCUGUGAUAGAGGCAUCCCUGAAGCUGGGCCAGCCCCAGGAGUGGGAAGGCAGGGGACGGUGCAUCAAUCACACUCCUGAUCUGUCCUCUCCCCUUCUGCCCUUUGGUUCAGACAUGUAAAAGGGACUUACUAAUCAUGAA